UGUGAGACCGCCGCAGGUCCGUGACGCAAAACAGCGCGAGCCGGAGCUAAAGCUAACCUGUUAGCAUCGGAGACUAGCACAGCGGGCAAACUGACUGUGUGUGACUGGAGCUGUGGUGGAGGAGUCAGGCCAUGGUGGAGAAGGUGAGGAUCUACUAUAUCGUUCUGGAGAAACGAGCUCAGCUGGUAGAACACCCAUCCGGGUAGUUAUCGGGGUAAUUAGCGUGCUCGAGGCAGUACCUCAGACAGAUGGAGGAUCUGAGAAUUGAAGUCUCCCAGUCUCUUUGGUGACUGUCUGUGGCUCUUAGUAGAACACAACCUCAAACAUUCACAUAAAUCCUCCAGCAGCAGCUGUGACUCGAAUCAGCUUUUAAUCACAAUCACUGGAACUCAUGGCAGAGUUGUGUGAACCUCUUUCUUUGGAUCUGAAUCUUCUCUCUAUCUCCUCAAACAUGUCAGGCAGUUACACUCCGGCCCCUGGGGGCCCAUUUUCUGCUCUCACCCCUAGCAUGUGGCCUCAAGACAUCCUAACCAAGCACCACCAGAAAGACAGAAAUCUGCUAUCGGAACCUCAGUAUGAUGAGUUCGGGUUCCGGAUCGACAGUGAAGAUGGGGUGGAGGCAAGUGAUUGGCUUCGAGGUGAUCGAGCUCCACAGAGAGAAGAUCCCCAGCAGAGACUGCGCUGGCAGGCCCACCUGGAGUUCACACACAACCACACAGUAGGAGAUCUCACCUGGGACCUGAUCUCUCCCAUCCUGCCCCGCUCCGAUCGUCUCCGCUCUCUUGUGCUGGCCGGGAUACCACACAGCAUGAGACCUCAGCUAUGGAUGCGACUGUCGGGAGCACUGCAGAAGAAAAGGACCUCAGACAUUUCUUACAGAGAGAUCAUCAAAAACAGCUCAAAUGAUGACACAACAGCAGCCAAACAGAUAGAGAAGGAUCUUCUGCGCACCAUGCCCACUAAUGCGUGCUUCAGUACUCUGAGCAGUGUGGGAGUUCCACGCCUUAGACGGGUUCUUAGGGGAUUGGCCUGGCUCUACCCUGACAUCGGGUACUGUCAAGGCACCGGCAUGGUGGUGUCAUGUUUGCUGCUGUUCCUGGAGGAAGAAGAUGCACUGUGGAUGAUGUGUGCUUUAAUUGAGGACCUGCUGCCUCCAUCGUACUUCUCCUCCACCUUGCUGGGGGUGCAGACGGACCAGCGCGUUCUCCGCCAGCUCAUCGUCCAGUACCUGCCCCGUCUGGACCGCCUGCUGCAGGAGCAUGACAUCGAACUUUCCCUCAUCACUCUGCACUGGUUCCUGACCUCGUUUGCCAGUGUGGUGGAUAUCCGGGUUCUGUUGCGGAUCUGGGAUCUGCUUUUCUAUGAGGGUUCCAUCGUCCUUUUCCAGGUGACCCUGGGCAUGCUGAAGAUCAAAGAGGAAGAGCUGGUGUCUUCUGAGAACUCUGCGUCCAUCUUCAACACGCUGUCAGACCUGCCGAGUCAGCUGGAGGACGGAGCCGUGGUGCUGGGGGAGGCAGUGAGACUGGCAGGGGCGUUCUCUCAGGACACGCUGGACGCUCAGAGACACAAACACCUGGCCUACAUCCUCGCUGAACAGACACAGCUCAACUCCAACACCACACACACACUUAACACCGGCCUCAAUAAGGUGGUUCGGAGACAGAGUCUGCGCAGGAAGUCCACAUUAAGCUCUCUGCUGUUUGGAGAGGAUGAGGCUGAGGCUCUCAAGGCCAAAAACAUCAAACAGACUGAGCUGGUGGCAGCGCUGAGGGAAGCGAUCACUCGUACUGCUGAACACUUCCACUGUCUCGACCCUGACCACUGUUCCACGGACUUGACUCCAGACUACUCCAUGGAGAGUCAUCAGCGGGACCAUGAGAGCUUCCUGGUGGUGUCUCAGAAUCGUAGGAGGCGUGCUAAAGCACUGCUGGAUUUUGAGCGCCAUGAUGAUGAUGAAUUGGGUUUCCGAAAAAAUGACAUCAUCACAAUUGUGUCUCAGAAGGAUGAACACUGCUGGGUGGGAGAGCUGAACGGACUGAGAGGUUGGUUUCCAGCUAAAUUUGUGGAAAUCCUGGAUGAACGUAGUAAAGAGUACUCUCUGGCUGGUGAUGACUCUGUGACUGAGGCUGUAACUGAUUUGGUUCGGGGAACACUGUGUCCUGCUCUCAAGGCCAUUUUUCAGCAUGGCCUGAAGAAGCCCUCUAUACUGGGUGGGCCCUGCCACCCCUGGCUUUUCAUCGAGGAGGCGGCGAGUCGGGAGGUGGAGAGAGACUUUAACUCGGUUUACUCCAGACUGGUGCUCUGUAAAACCUACAGGUUAGAUGAAGAUGGAAAAGUUCUUACUCCUGAAGAGCUGCUGUACAGAGCUGUACAGAGUGUAAAUAUGAGUCACGACUCUGCACACGCUCAGAUGGACGUCAAGUUCCGCUCACUCAUCUGUGUGGGAUUGAAUGAGCAGGUGCUACACUUGUGGUUGGAGGUUCUAUGUUCCAGUAUCUCAGCAGUAGAGAAGUGGUAUCAGCCAUGGUCAUUCCUACGCAGUCCUGGCUGGGUGCAGAUCAAGUGUGAGCUUCGAGUUUUAUCCAAGUUCUCCUUCAGUCUCUCUCAGGACUGUGAACUACCUGCCAAGAAAGAGGAAAAGGAGCAGAGACCCCUGAAGGAAGGAGUUCAGGACAUGCUGGUCAAACAUCACCUCUUCAGCUGGGACAUCGAUGGAUAAACACUAAACACAUACAUACACACGUUUAAAGUGACAUGUAAACAGCUUUAUAUAACAACAGUGAACAAGUGUGUGUGUGUGUGUGUGUGUGUGUGUGUGUGUGUGUGUGUGUGUGUGUGUGUGUGUGUGUAGCAGAACAUCUCAGGUGUUUAAGGACUUAUGAUGUUCCUCUGCUGGAGAACAUAAAGAACCAAGCAUGCACAGAAUGGUUUCUACAUUUGCAUGGCCAUUUGUCUCCAUCACUCUCUCUCACACACACACACACACACCCUGGUUAAUUUGUGUUUUUUAGUUUAAAGUUGCAGGGUUUGUGUAGGACAUCAGUGUGAAAUCUAAGGUAGGUGUGUGUGUGUGUGUGUGUGUGUGUGUGUGUGUGUGUGUGUGUGUAAUGUAGAUGAAGUGCACACACUUGUUCUGGUCAGGUUUUUUUUUUUUUUCAGGAAUGAUGUAAAGGUGUGUUGAUAAUCAGCUCAUCGGUGAUGAAGAUGAUGAUGAUGAUGAUUCCAUGCUGAGUUUAGAGUGUAUUAUAGCGUCUCUGAGGGUCGUGUCUGAGGGUCGUCUCUGUCUCCUGCAUUUCUCUCUCUAUUAUAUUGAGCUGUAAACACUGGGUGUAUGCGGUGUCACCUUCCUGCAGGGGGCGCUGUACGCACAUCACUACUUUUCUUACACACGCACACGUGGCUUGCAGGUGGGUAGAGGGUCAACUCGGGUCAAACCCGGAAUCAUGUAGGACGAGAUCUGAUCGAGAACCCACGGGGAUUUAGAGCUUUGCUUCACAUUGUGUAGUAACUGAUCAUGAAGAAAAUAAAUGUUGGAGAGACUUUUCUCCAUUA